GGAGGUGCAGAAAGCCGUGAACACCGCCCAGGGGCUCUUCCAGAGGUGGACGGAGCUCUUGCAAGAUCCCUCCAUCGCCACAAGAGAAGAAAUCGACUGGACCACUAAUGAGCUCAGGAAUAACCUGCGGAGCAUUGAGUGGGACCUGGAAGACUUGGAUGAAACAAUUAGCAUUGUUGAGGCAAACCCGCGGAAAUUCAACCUCGAUGCGACAGAGCUGGGUAUCAGGAAAGCCUUCAUCACGAGCACGCGGCAGGUGGUCAGGGAAAUGAAGGAUCAGAUGUCAAACUCCUCCAUGCAAGCACUGGCUGAAAGAAAAAACAGACAGGCGCUCCUGGGAGAAAGUGGGAGUCAGAGUUGGAGCUCUGGACCUGACAAAUACAGCCAUCUGGACCGGGAGCUGCAAUUAGCAAAUUCACACUUCAUCGAGGAGCAGCAAGCUCAACAACAGUUGAUUGUGGAGCAGCAAGAUGAGCAGUUGGAGCUGGUCUCUGGCAGCAUCGGGGUGCUGAAGAACAUGUCCCAGCGCAUUGGCGGGGAGCUGGAGGAGCAAGCAGUGAUGCUGGAUGACUUCUCCCACGAGUUAGACAGCACUCAGUCGCGGCUUGAUAACGUCAUGAAGAAGCUUGCCAAAGUGUCUCACAUGACGAGCGAUCGACGGCAGUGGUGUGCAAUUAUCGUCCUCUUCGUCAUCUUGCUGGUGGUGCUCAUCCUGUUUUUCGUCCUGUGAUGGACUGAACUUCCUCAGACGCCCCCUCCCCACCCCCUUGCCCCUGUAGCACGGGGAAAUGAAACUCUCACCAUUUCCGUCCGCCCACAGAGAUCCCCGGCAAGAAAACCCGAAGCCAGCUCUCAC